AUGCCGCCCCGAGAACAAAAAAAGAUCACUAAUCCCCGGCGCAUUCUCGCCGUUUCUCUGGCCGAUUCGGCCAACCAUCUCAGCGAUGUGAUCAAGGCCCUCACCGGAACCGCCCCUUCACCAUCUCUCAGCCCAGACCAGGACUCGUCCUCCCUGGCGGGCACAACCCACCACAUCACUCUCUCAACACCGUACUACACCGCCUCAGUACCGAUAUGGAUCGACUUGAUCCCUUCCUCUUCUUCAACAGAUAAUGCAGCGUCAUCAUCCUCAUCAACGCCAUCCCCAGCCUCAGAAUGGGCCUCCACCUUCCUCUCCGAAGAAGCCAAAGAAGUGCUUGCCGUGCUAGGGGGGUUAAUCCUCGUCUUUGUCAUCCCCCCUCCCUCAGUAACACCUACUUUGUCCUCACUCCCAGCAGCAGCGGCGGUUCCUCAACCGUCUCAACCUCCGCCCUCAUCUUCAGAUCCUGAACCAACAGCCUCGACACAGCCGUCCACGAUACUCGCAUUACCAGAUCCGAUCUCUCCCCUUAUCCCCUCCCCCUCGCUAACACGCGACCUCAUCACCCAAAUCGGCCGCCUAAUCCACCAGGGCCUAGGAGGCUGGGAAUGGGACGGCGUGACCCUCGCCAUAGGCAUCAGCGUUGUCGGCCCAGCCAGCGCUGGUUCUCAACUUGAUGAUGACGAUGGUGAAGACGUCUUAAACGGAUGGGAGGACCUAUGUGCAGAAAACGGGAUGGAGUUCGUUCAUAUUCCGGUAUCAGCACUUAAGGAUAAGAAGGACAAAGAGGGGGAGAAGAAAAGGAAUAAAUUCGGGGAGAGGGUGGGCUUGGAAAGGGUGUUGGAAGCGUUGGGGAGCAAUGACUGGUCUGGGGGCGGCGGCGGCGGCGGCGGCCUUCAAGGAGGGGAGGGGGGGAUGCUAACCUGGAAGGGGAGGGACAGGAAGGGUGACUUGGACGAGUUGAAGAAGGCAAUCUUGGGGGGAGGGGGUGGCAAGCAUGACGACGAGGAGGAGGAAGAAGGAGGGGAACUUGGUGAGGAGGAUGUUGAGAAGCUGGAGAGGAUGAUGAGAAAACUGCAGGCUGUGAGGGAUGCCACGGCUGGGAUGCCGGAGGAGCAGAGGAAGAGGAUGGCUAAGAAGGCUGUCGGGGAGGUCAUGAGGGAACUGGCGUAG